AUGAUGUGCGAGGUGAUGCCCACCAUCAGUGAGGACACGGCGCUGAGCCAGCGGGGCUCCCAGAGCAGCGCUUCUGACCCAGACUCCCACUUUGAGCAGCUGAUGGUCAACAUGCUGGACGAACGUGACCGGCUGCUGGACACACUGCGUGAGACACAGGAAAGCCUGGCUCUUGCCCAGCAGCACCUACAGGACGUCAUCUACGACCGUGAUUCACUCCAACGCCAGCUCAGCUCCGCCCUGCCUCAGGAGUUUGCUGCCUUGACAAAGGAGCUGAAUACCUGCAGGGAACAGCUACUGGAGAAGGAGGAAGAGAUCUCAGAACUGAAGGCAGAGAGAAACAACACUAGGCUUCUGCUGGAGCAUCUGGAGUGCCUAGUGUCCCGACAUGAGCGCUCUCUACGCAUGACGGUGGUAAAACGACAGGCCCAGUCUCCAUCAGGUGUCUCCAGUGAAGUGGAGGUCCUUAAAGCUCUUAAAUCCCUGUUUGAGCACCACAAAGCUCUUGAUGAAAAGGUUAGAGAAAGACUGCGGGUGUCACUAGAAAGAGUCUCAGCCUUGGAAGAGGAGUUAACAGCUGCCAAUCAAGAGAUUGUGGCCUUACGGGAGCAGAAUGCCCAUAUCCAGAGGAAAGUGGCAUCCGGGGAGGGGGGAGAGGAUUUGCUGGAGGGAACUGACACUGGCCAGAAAGUACAUGGCAAGCGGCUCUCAAAUGGCUCCAUGGAAUCUGCAGAUGAAGCCAGUCAGGUGGUGGAGCUGCAGGAGCUGCUGGAGAAGCAAAACUAUGAGCUGGCCCAGAUGAAGGAGCGCAUGUCCUCGCUCUCCUCCCGUGUGUCUGAGGUGGAGCAAGAACUGGAGACUGCCCGUAAGGACCUUAUCAAAUCUGAGGAGAUGAACAACAAGUACCAGAGAGACAUCAAAGAGGCUAUGUGCCAGAAGGAGGAUAUGGAGGAGAGAAUUGUUACCCUGGAGAAGCGGUAUCUCAGUGCCCAGCGAGAAUCCACCUCUCUACACGAUAUCAGUGACAAGCUAGAGAAUGAGCUGGCCAAUAAGGAGGCAUUCCUCAGACAGAUGGAGGAAAAGAACAGGCAGUUACAGGAGAGGCUUGAGCUGGCUGAACAGAAACUACAGCAGACCAUGAGGAAAGCAGAGACGCUACCUGAAGUGGAGGCUGAACUAGCCCAGAGGAUAGCAGCCCUCACAAAGGCAGAGGAGCGGCAUGGCAGCAUAGAGGAGCGCAUGAGGCACCUGGAGGGACAAUUGGAGGAGAAGAAUCAGGAACUGCUUAGAGCUCGACAAAGAGAAAAAAUGAACGAGGAACAUAACAAACGUUUAUCAGACACUGUGGACAGACUUCUGACUGAAUCCAAUGAACGCCUUCAACUUCACCUCAAAGAGAGAAUGGCAGCCCUAGAGGAGAAGAAUGUUUUGAUACAAGACUCAGAGAACUAUCGCAAACAGUUGGAAGAUUCCAUCCAUGAAAAGACUCAUCUUGCAGAGGAAAUCGAGAAACUCAGAUCCGAACUUGAUCAGUUCCGUCUGAGGGCUGGCUCAUUAACAGAACCAACUCUGUCAAGGUCUCACUUGGAUACGUCAGCAGAGCUGCGUUUCUCCCUGGGCUCCCUGGCUGAGACUCAGUCGGAUCACUACAGAUCUGCCAAAGUGAUCCGUCGGCCCAGGAGAGGACGCUUGGGAUUGCGUAGGGAUGAGCACAAGGCAAAAUCACUGGGUGAGCAUGAGUGGCGCUCACAGCAACUGGGGGUCCUGGGCAGCCAUCAGUUUGAGAGUGACACGGAGAUGUCCGAUAUCGACGACGAUGACCGAGAGACUCUGUUCAGUUCGAUGGACCUGCUCUCUCCUGGAGGCCAUUCUGAUGCCCAAACCCUUGCCAUGAUGCUGCAGGAACAGCUUGAUGCUAUAAAUAAAGAAAUCCGGCUGAUUCAGGAGGAGAAGGAGUCGACGGAGCUGAGGGCAGAGGAGAUUGAGAACCGUGUGGCCAGCGUUAGUUUAGAGGGGUUGAACCUGGCUCGUGUGCACCACCCUGGAGCCUCCAUCACUGCCUCUGCCACCGCCUCCUCACUUGCCAGCUCCUCUCCACCCAGUGGCCACUCUACUCCCAAACUCACCCCCCGUAGUCCUGCUAGAGAUAUGGAGCGCAUGGGUGUCAUGACUCUGCCCAGCGACCUGCGGAAACACAGAAGGAAGAUCGCAGCAGUGGAUGAGGAUGGCCGAGAGGACAAGGCCACUAUUAAAUGUGAGACGUCUCCCCCACCGACACCUCGACAAGUGCGCAUGACACACACACUGCCAGCCUCCUCUCACAAUGACGCCCGCGGCAUUGCUGCUACUUUAGAGGCAGAAGCAAGUGCUUUGAGCAGUGUAGCCAGCAGUCAGGACUCACUCCAUAAGCAGCCCAAAAAGAAAGGCAUCAAAUCCUCCAUUGGCCGGCUCUUUGGGAAGAAGGAGAAGGGCAGGCUGGGUCACCUGGGAAAUGUGUCGGAUCCAGAGCUGGUGGGGCAGGACGUAGCCGUGGGGAAGCUGGGUACUCAGGCAGAGAAGGACCGCCGACUGAAAAAGAAAACCUCAAAGCAUGAGUUGUUGGAGGAGGCUAGGAGAAAGGGCUUACCCUUUGCUCAGUGGGAUGGCCCCACAGUGGUGGCUUGGCUCGAGUUGUGGUUGGGGAUGCCAGCCUGGUACGUAGCAGCUUGUCGUGCCAACGUAAAGAGCGGUGCCAUCAUGUCAGCGCUGUCUGAUACGGAAAUCCAGAGAGAGAUUGGCAUCAGUAACCCACUGCACCGCCUGAAACUUCGCUUAGCCAUUCAGGAGAUGGUGUCCCUCACCAGCCCCUCCGCCCCACCCACAUCCAGAACCCCAUCAGGCAAUGUUUGGGUGACCCACGAGGAAAUGGAGACUUUGGCAGCCCCCUCAAAAACGAAGUCUGAGUCAGAGGAAGGAAGCUGGUCCCAGACCCUAGCAUAUGGAGAUAUGAACCAUGAGUGGAUAGGGAACGAGUGGCUGCCCAGUCUAGGUCUACCUCAGUACCGCAGCUACUUCAUGGAGUGCCUGGUGGAUGCACGUAUGCUGGACCACUUGACCAAAAAGGACCUGAGGGUGCACCUCAAAAUGGUGGACAGUUUCCAUCGGACAAGUCUACAGUAUGGAAUCAUGUGUCUAAAGAAGCUGAACUAUGACAGGAAAGAGCUGGAAAGACGCAGAGAACAAAGCCAACACGAGAUGAGAGAUGUGUUGGUGUGGAGUAACGAACGGGUGAUUCGCUGGGUUCAGAGCAUUGGUCUGCGUGACUACGCCAACAUCCUUUUGGAAAGUGGUGUUCACGGAGCCCUCAUAGCUCUUGAUGACAACUUUGACUAUAGCAGUCUGGCUUUGCUCCUCCAGAUCCCCAAUCAAAACACUCAGGCACGACAGAUUCUGGAGAGAGAAUACAACAACCUACUGGCACUAGGCACAGAGAGACGACUGGAUGAGAAGGACUUCCGUGGGCCCUCGUGGAGGAGGCAGUUCCCCCCACGAGAUGUCCAUGGUAUCAGCAUGAUGCCCGGCUCAGCUGAGACACUGCCUGCCGGCUUCCGCCUCACCACCACCUCUGGCCACUCACGCAGGCUGCCACCAGAGGUUGGUCCAUCAGCAGUGCAGCGACUGGACAGCUCCACUGUGAGGACUUACUCCUGCUGAGGCUUAGAGGCAAGAGAGAGACUCUGAGCUUUCAUCCAAACAGAGUCUUACCUUGAGGUUCUGGGAGGAAUGGGUCAAUUGGCC